AUGGCGACCCUAGCGGAGCAUCCGAUUGUCGCUCCAUCGAAUUACGACCAAGAUAUUGAUACUUUCAUCAACCUCGAUCAGCUUACCUAUACAUCCUCAGAGCCAUCAAGGCCAAAGGCUACCCUAGCCAGUCAGCCCGCAAUUCCUAGCACGGAAUUUGGUGCUUCCGAUGGCCGAAGUGCCAGCUUUGCCUCAAACAGUCAAUCCCCGAUCGCUUUCCAAGGUCCUAGCCAUCAGUAUGACGAACACAAGCAACAGACAGGUCUUCCCCCGGGGGCCUUGGCUCAGGCAAUGACCUUUAAUCACAUGAAUGGCAUGGGACUUGGUGGUGCAAGUUCGGGCUUUGCUGUGAAUGGAGACAUGUAUGCCAAUGCCAAUUCUCAAUUUAAGCGGGAAGAUGCUCCUCUGGACUUCAAUUCUGUUCCUGUCCGGAACACUACGGAAAUGGACUUAGAGUCCGACAACAUGGGCACUGUUCCUACUUACUUCUUCUCUCAGAACCCCAACAAGAAUCAAUUCGUCGAUCCAAGCGCCUUGGGCGGCCAAGAUGUUUCUGCUGGCCCAUCCACCCAGGUCGGCCGCAUGUAUCCCGGAAUGCACCAGCAGCAAGCUGCAAUGGCAAAGGCAGCUCAGCAGCAGAAACAUCAUGACAUGGCCCGACAACAUCAGUUACAACAGCAACAACAGCAGCAACAGCGUCGCUUGUCGGAGCAAAUUGCACCGGGGACUCAACAUGUCCAAUCCCGCAAUACAAACCCUGUCGUGGAGGAACGUAUUUCACGCCUACUUCAGCAGAUGAGACAAAACACUAUGAGUCCCCAGGAAGAGACUCCCUCUCCGUCUAUCCUUCCCCAUAUGGCCAAGUCGAAAAAGGAAGAACAAGAUAUGGAUGAAGACGAGAGGCUCCUCGCCAGUGAAGAAGGAAAGAAGCUCAGCAGCAAGGAACGUCGUCAGCUUCGCAACAAGGUGUCUGCGCGUGCCUUUCGAUCGCGAAGAAAGGAAUAUAUUGGCCAGCUGGAAAGUGAAGUUGCUGCUAGGACCAACGAAGCCCAUGAACUCCGCCUUCAAAAUCGUGCUCUUUAUGAAGAAAAUGCUCGCUUGACUGAUCUUGCACACAUGCUUCUAUCGUCUCCAAACUUCUCUCAGUUCUUGGAUGAACAGGGAAUUCAUGGCUUACCCACGUCAAGCCAACCCCAGCCGCAGUCGCAGCAACAACCGCAGCAGCCACAAACUCAACCACAGCAACAAUCAUCGAUGGCACAACCGCCCGUGCAGCCAUCUAUCCCCAAGGAAGCUAGUUCAAACCACGGCCCCCAAGACUACCCGAUGCAGCAGACUCCCCAGGUCGGCAUGGUCAUGGUUCCCAAUCAAGGGCUGGACGUCUCUGCAAUGGGUCUCAAUAAUGGUGGCUGGAACUCUGGUAUUGACAUGAACUACGGAAACACACCCGUUUUUGCUGUCCUGGAAGUUCCUGAGCCAUCUAUCGUCGACUCGGAAAUUCUGUCAGGAAAGAGUUCGCCCCUUGGAGUAUGCCUCCCAGAAGUGACAAGUAACAAGGAUGAAGCACCUGUGCUAGAAUUCUCGCCAGUAAUUGAAACCCCAAAGGAGCCUGUCGGGGUUGAAAGCCAGGAUAUUCAAAUUGACGAAACCGAUCCUGCAUUCGCGCUGUUUUCUGACCUACCCGUUUCGUUUGCGCCUGCAGAACCGUCGACCACGUCCUUUGGUGGUCUUGAUUCCGAUAAGUCUGCGCCUGCUUUCGAGCUAGUCGUGGAGGACGAAGCCAAGGCUGCAGCCCAACGUUUUGCUCGCUUGUGCCACGACAUGGAAGCGUCCUUCCAACGUGUUUCCAUGCUUACUUCGCAUCUUUUGUGA